AUAUUUAAUUUCUAUUUCUUACUUGUAAAAAUAACCUGAAAUAUAUAUUAAGUGGCUGAGAAAACCUGUUUGGAAAACCGACCACUGGCCUGCAAUGCUUGUUUGUGUUUGGAUGGGCCUCCUGACAGUCAUUUUAUAAAGUAUGUAGUAACAGCUCAAGUGGCCAGCAGAUAUCACUCACCAUCCAAGCUAAAUGUUUCUCAAGUGUCCUUAGUUCUGCCCAGUCUGUAGAGAAUCCAGAUUGAGUGUAUAGAAUAAUUCACUAACCCUCACAGACUGGUAGAACAUCCAUAACAGAAAACAUCACACACUAAAGCACACCCGACUCUUUAAAAGGUCGAGGAGAUGUUUCGUACACAGCAGGUGAAAACAAUGAACCUGAGGAGGAACCAGAUUACAGCAUGAAAAACAAACCCCAAAGUUCUCAGACCAGAAAUCUACACAGUAAAAUCCCCAGUGUUGAUUUAACACGAGAGUUUUGAAUUUACACCCUGCAGUGUUUAUAUAAGUCCAGAGGACACAAAUGAACACUCUUGGUGUAAAUUCAAAACUAGGGAUUUUAUGGUUUGCAUUCAUUUGUAUGCUGCUUUCAGAAGUGAUUUUAAGAUCUUCAGGCUUCAGAGCUGAGCUCAAACACACCAGAGUGAGCGAUGAAGAUGAAGGCUGUUCUCUCUGUCCUCGUCCUGGCAGCUCUGACAGGAGCAGCUACCGCUCUGCUCUGGAGGAAAUACAUUCAUGUGAACAAACCACUGAACUGGAAUGCUGCUCAGAAAUACUGCAGGGAGAAUUAUGUAGAUCUAUUGACCAUUGAAACACAAGAGGAACAAGACAGAUACCAAAAUUAUAUACUGUCUGAAUGUUCUGGGGGGUGUUGGACCGGCCUCAGUGGGGAUGGACAAAGGAAGACCUUUACUCAGUGGUCUGAUGGAAGCUUACUGACUUUCACCAAUUGGGCACGUUAUUACCCAUACAGUAUGUAUGGUGGUGACUGUGUAUAUAUAGCCAAUAAAUGGAGUAAUUAUUACUGUUCGACUUAUCUGACCUUCAUCUGCUACACCUGGGAGCCAGAGCUGAUCGUGGUGCAGGAGAUGAAGACCUGGGAAGAAGCUCUAAAGUACUGCAGAAUGCACUACACCGAUCUGGUGAGCCUCGACACAGAGAGAGAUCAACAAGAGGUCAACAGCAUGAGUAAUGAAACUCUCACACCCAGUUUCUGGACCGGUCUGCGCUUCCUGGAUGGAUCAUGGUUCUGGGUGAACCAGGUCUUGAUGGAUGAACAAAGCCUGGGGAGCCUGAGCGUUAUGCCCUCAUGCCCUGCACCACGGUUCCGUUGUGGAGCCCGAAAUGCCAGAGAUAAUGUUCUGGAGAACCGAGACUGUGAGGAGAAAAUGAACUUCAUCUGCUACAACCAAACUAUGAAUUAAUUGAAGAUGUUCACUGUGAUCGAGACCAGGACAAGAUGGAGGAGAAAGGAAGGACAGAGGUGUGACGCAUGUCGAAGUUUCACAUUUCCACUAGAUGAAUAUUAACUCUGUAAACUAGAUGAUUUUACUGGAAUUGUGAAUUAUAUAUUCUGAUGUGAUCCGUGUUACGAAACGUAGAAGAUACAUAAUUUUUCUUCAAGACUUCAUUAAUCUGUUCUCAAUUAUAUUAGCAUGACACAUGUAUUAAUUAUUAGAUGUGAUGUAAAAUAGGAAGACAACCUGCUGUAAACAUUUUUACUGUAUCUGAAAUAAUGAUCUUAUUUAUGCUUACACUAUGGUGAUUAUACAUAUUUAAUAAAUGUUAGAAUGAUACCACAAACAUGUGAUAUAUAAUGUAUGGUAAUAAUUCACAGCGAGGCUGAAUAAUAAUAAUAAGAAGAAGAAGAAGUAGAAGAAGAGGAAGAAGAAAUUAAAAGCAUGUUUUUCUCAGAGAGUGAUUCACCGUAUCCUCACUGCUGCUGUGUGCCUUAAAUCUGCUCCAUAAUAAUCACGGUGUUUCUAAAUUAUUGUCAAAUUAAACUUAAACAAUUAAAACAAUAUUCUGUGGUAGUUUAUGUGCUAAUAGCAAAUCUGAAUAAUGUGUUCAUCUCAUAUAAACAAUCUAAACUAAUAAAUAAUCCUUCAGUUAUUGAUAAUCGUCUGAUAAUAAUUCAUCCUCUGAAUGAUUGUGAAAAGUUUUAAAAUAGCAGUUUGUUUAUUGUGUUGUGCGUCGGUACAGCACGCAAAAAUCAUUUAACACUUUAGACAUGUUAUAGAAGUUAUUUUUCACAUGAAAACAUUUGCAGUUUUACUUUUUAAUACUUUGUGUUAAAAGUAGCAACGUUAUACUUGAGUACGUAUUUUGACGGGACACUUGCACGUUUAACUGAGUAUUUACACUUUCACAUAAAUAUAAUAUCUCAGUUACAGCACAUCUAUGUUUCACAUGCUGUGCUGUAACAAUACAACAAGAUUCAUUUUGGUGAUGAAUAAAGUUCAUUAAAUCAUUUUCAUGACAAAAAUUAAACAAUAACCAAAUACUGAGCAGCCGUGGAGUUGGAAACUGAUGAAUUGUAACAGCAUUUUCCUUGAUGAGUAGAAACACAAUGAAAAUAUCAGAAACAUUCAGCUGGACAAAGGUGAAUUAAGAAGCCCAAGGAGCACAUAAAAUUCUUUAAAUGAACAUAUUAAUACGAAUUUAAUAAUGUAUUGGGCCUCUUGUAAUUGUAGAUAUAAUAUAAUAAGAUUAUUAACUAUACUAUCAUCAUCUUUUAAGAAAGAGAAUCUUGUGUGGUCUAAAGAAAUUUGGCUCACUAUUGUAGUACUGUGGUUCAGGUUGGAUUUAAAAUAUGCAGCCAAAAUGUCUGAUGGGCAUCUUUUACAUGCUUUUAUUCAUGCUUGCCAGUGAAAUACACUGGUGCUUCAAAGUCUGUGAACGCUUUAGAAUCUUCUCCAUUUCUGAAUAAAUAUGAUAUAAAACUGUCAUGGCCCCUAAGGGCAAUUCCACCUUUGGCCACUAGAGGCCACUGUCCUUUCAGCAUUUCUUUCUCAGUUGUCUCCUUCCAUUUCCGGUCUCAAACAUACUCAUGUGUUUUUCAUUUUCCCUGAUUGGUUAAUGCCCGAUUUAAAUUGACUGUUUUUCUCUGUUAGUUGCCAGAACAUUACUGCAAGUCAGGUCACAUUAGUGUCUCAUUACUUUUGUUUUGUUUUGUUUUGUUUUGUUUUGUUUUGUUUUGUAUGUUUUUCUUAGGGUUUAUUUUCUAGUUUCUAAGUUUCUGAUAAUGUUGGUUGCUAGUGUGUCUUUCCUCGUGUCUGUUUCUCCGUGUCUGUCUGUAAUAAAAGUAGUUCUGUGUUUG